UCACACCUGAUCAGAACGCGGCCACCGCUCCGUUAUUAUCCGUUAUUACCGGUCAGACGAGGCUCUCCGGUCGGCGGAUCAACAGGUUGAGACCGGGCUGUGGAAGCGGCGCCGUGCUGACGUCACGCCGCCUCUGUGUUUGUUAUGCGGUCUGGAGCAGCAGCUGCUAACUAGCACCGAGCCUCGUCUUCAAACAUGCUCUGAUUCCACACCUGCCAGGUUUGGAGGACAGAGAUGGCAGUGUGUGCACUGACCAUGUUGGAUGGCAUGGAGGACGAGGUAACGGCAGCAGGCGGCGUUCUGCUCCUGGUCCUGGCCCUCAUCUUGGCUUGGCUAUCGACCCACGUGGCCGACCGGGGAGACCACAUCCUGGGCACCAUCCUCACCGUGGGCGCUCACGCCUCUCUGAUUGGACUGGGAGGCCACGAGAACUACAGCGGGGGUCCCGCCGGCGCAGACGCCCCCGAACAACAGACUCCUCCGCCGUCACAGGAGAACAAGCCGGACGACAGCGAGCCAGCGACGGAGAGAGGAGAGGGUGAGGGGACAGGGGAGGGAGCUGAGGGGGUUUGGACAGAUCUGCUGCUGGACAUACAGAGCAAACAACCUCAGGCCGGAAGACUGAACGCUUCUGAUGGAGAGGAUGCUGAUGAGGAGGAGGAGGAGGAGGAUGAAGAAGAGCUGGAGGAGGAAGAAAAGAAGGCUAUAAAGCCAGUUUUGACCACCGCCAGUACGACCACUUCCAUCUCUGUCCGCUUGAAGUUUUUAAAUGACACAGAGGAGGUGGCAGUCGUAGAACCACAAGACACAGUGGGAAUACUGAAAAGCAAAUGUUUCUCAGGUCGGGAGCAUCAAAUUAAAUUAAUUUACCAAGGCCAGUUGCUGCAGGAUCCCAAGCGGACUCUGUUAUCCCUGAACAUCACGGACAACAGCGUGAUCCACUGCCACGUGUCCCAGGCCCUGCACGAGGCCGGUCCAGACGAAGGAGCUCAGUCCGGGGCGGGAGCCGGAGUCGGAUCUGGGGUCUCUGGAGGAUUCAGGGCUGCCGGUGUGGCCAUCAGCACCAGCAGCCUGGUGGUGCCUGUGUUCGUGGUGAUACUGGCCGUGGUGUGGUACUUUCGCAUCAACUACCGGCAGUUCUUCACCGCCCCCGCGACCAUCUCCCUCGUGGGAGUCACUGUGUUCUUUAGCUUUCUGAUAUUCGGGAUGCACAGCCGCUGAAAAGGCAAAAGAGAGGGCACACGCUCAGAGCUGAAUGUUGCGAGGUGAAGUUAAAAAAAAAAAAAGAAAAAAAAAGUAAAAAUAGCUGCAGCGGUGGGCGAGCGUCUGGAGAGAUGGACUAAUCAAAAAUGGCGUUGGUGCAGAUGCCACAGCUGAUCUGUGUGUUUGUAGGCGGCGAGGUGAGCCCGUUUGUGCAUGUACCAAGAAAAGACGGAUGAGUGAUUGUACAGUGUAAGUGCAGUAAAUAAUAACCUGCAGCGAGUGAGAAGUUUGCUUUAACUGAAAUAUAAUUUAGCUUCUCUGCAAACAUGACUUAGUGGUUCACACCAUGUUGUAACACUCUGGCUUUAUCUCGUCAUUUAAGGUUCACCAUGCUUUCCUGUGCGUUGUUCUUUUUCAGACCACUGUGUUUUAAGGAAAAAAAAAAUAAAUAACUGAUAGAUGCAAGAAUCUAAAAUCAUUUUUGGAACCACUCACUGUUGUGCUGUGUGUGCCAGUUUGACUCUGUACCUUUAUUUGAUGUUAUUUGAAUGAUUCAAGCUCCCUGUAAGCUAAUAUAAACUGUACAACUGCCUCAGUGUAAGACUGAUUAUCUUCUUUUUUGUUGCUCCAAAAUGUUGCUCUGUAGAAAUAGGCUAAUUUAAACAAUCACUAGAUGUGGAAAUAGACACUUUUUUGAGAGGAUGCUGUAAAUAUGUUGUGUAUUUUCUGUAAAUAAGAUGAUAGAAUGAAUCAGAUGAACCUGCAUCUGGCACUUAAAGAUUUGAAGGGGAGGGGAGGGGGGGGAUGUUCAACCCUUCUGAUUAUUGCUGGACUGCUCUGGUUUCAGUCGUAUCUCAAAUUAAAGCAUUUCAAACCAAA